UCGGUGUUCGGGUGUUCCGGUGCUUAACAACGUAUUCUACAUUUCCGGUAUUCGAAUGACGUUCUUCGGUCGCAGGAACGCAAGAUCGUACAAGGCGCUCGAUAGUAUUCUGACGUGUAAUUCACGAUGAGUACCGAGGCGGAAAAGGGAAAAUAUACGACGCCGGGGGGCUCGAAAACCUGGGAAUAUCUGACCACCUUCAUCUGUUCGAUCAUGUGUAUGGGCAUCGGAGCGAUCAUAGGAUGGAGCUCGCCGAGUAUCGUAAAGCUGAUGGCGCCGGACUCGCCGAUUCCGGUCACUGCCUCCAACAUUUCCACCCUCGUGGCGAUGAUCGCCGUCGGUCACAUAUUAGGACCGCCUCUCAGUCAGCUCGUGGUCGACAGGAAAGGCAGGAAAACCGCCAUUCUACUCAGCGGACUGUCGGCGAUAAUAUGUUGGGGCCUGACUAUAGUCGCUACGAAUAUCUGGAUUCUUUACGUGACGAGGUUUAUGGGCGGCCUGUAUUUGGGCCAGUUCGCGCCCGCAUUCGCGAUGUACAUCGGCGAGAUCGCGUCGCCGGACACGCGAGGCGCCGCUACAGCCGCGAAUACAAUAAUGUUCAACUUCGGCAUCCUCGGCAUGUUCAUCGUCGCGCCGUAUCUGUCGAUACCGACGAUGGCGGCGUUCUGGCUGAUCAUGUCCGUCGGCUGUACGAUCGCUUUCUGGUUCAUGCCGGAGUCGCCGUAUUACUUAGCUAUGAAGGACAGAAUGGACGACGCGGAGGCGGCGCUGGAGAAGCUGCGCGGCAGGACGGACGUUUCCGAAGAUCUGCAGGUGAUCGUCGAGUCGGUGUCCAACAGUGACGAGAAGCGAGGGAGGACCGGCGGUCUACGCGAACUGUUAACCGUGCGCGCCAAUCGUCGCGCCUUCAUCAUCAUCAAUCUCGUCUCGUUCACCCACCACUUCGGCGGCUAUCACAUGAUCAUAUCGUACGGCCAGCUGAUCUUCAAGUCGGCCGACCUCCAGAUGAUCUCCGAUCACACGGCCAGCGUUGUGAUCGGCGUGAUGCAGGUGACCUCCGUGAUCGGCAUCACCUUUCUCGUCGACAAACUGGGCCGCAGACCGUUGCUGCUCUUCUCCGGCGUCGUCGUGACGGCGUCGAACCUCGUGAUCGGCGUCUUCUUCUACGCGAAGGAGUACCUCAACAUGGACGUGUCCGCGUAUUCGACGGCGAUGCUGAUCGCGACGGUGCUGCUGGUGUUCGGCUUCAACUGCGGCCUGAUGCCUCUGCAGCUGAUCCUCAUGUCCGAGAUCUUCGGUACGGAGAUCAAGGCCCUCGCCAUUUGCCUUUUGACCACCAGCAGCGGAUGCAUCGCUGUGGUGUCGGUGAAGCUUUACAUUCUGAUUGCCGUAACCUGGGGCUACGGCCACUCGCUGCUUUAUCUGGCAUUCUGCGUGUUCGUGGCGGUAUCCACCCUCGCGAUCCUUCGUCUCUUGCCGGAGACAAAAGGCAAGACCUUUGUGCAGAUACAAAAGGAGCUGAGCGAUUGAGGCGAGCGAGAGGCGAAGAAUCGGCGCUUCCGCUUCGUUCCGCGCGAGAGAGCGGUAUAUCGUCGCCCGUAAAUCCGUACGCGUCUUCGGCAAAGAUAAUUCGGCACUAUGAGAGAUCGCCCGAAAAUCUCUAUCGAAUCUAGCGGGGUCUUUCUCGACGGGAAUCGACGCGAAGGAGGAAAUUGAAAGUCGCAUGCCGCGCGAACAGCAGGAAGUCGAAGGGGAUAAACCUUUCAAGAUGCAUGAGCGAACGAAUUUUUGGGCAAACCGCCGCCGUCGGAAUUGCUCACGACGCUGAUGCACGUUUACGCGAUGCUGUAUCGCCGAGAUUCGCCGGAAGUAGUCCGUGCUGUAUCGAUUCGUCGACAGGCCGCACUCAAUCGCCGCACGUCGUUUUGCACUUUGAAUGAGGAAGUAAUAAAUUUUUGCGCGGAUGCGAGCGACGUCGGGGUGAAAAAGAGAACGGCGGCGAUCAAGAUACGCGGCCGUGUGUGUCGCUCUAAGCUAAUUCAUAAAAUCGCGCAUUUCGUAUCUCGACAUGUUCGAUUUCGCGAUAGCGAAAUAUCUUCUUGUACCCUGCCGCAGCUUUGAUGAAUCGUCCGGUCAAUGUGUACGCGUAUCGCGUGCCGGAAAUCGACUCGUAGGAAAAAAAUACGCUUAAAUGUAGUAACGUGCCAGAACUUAAAAGCAUAGACGUGAAAUAAAUGUUAAACGAGAUUCGAUUGGCGAUGAGAUAGAAGGAAUAGCGAGUUUAUUUACAUCGCAGUGUAAAUGGCGAUUAAAUUAUUCAACGUGCGAACAAUACAAGCAAGGAAGACUGAUGCGAACGUAUAUUUAUCAAUUAUAAACUAGUCCAAUUCUUAGAACACAAAUCAAAUAAUCUGCCUUGAAUUUUACAUUAUCGAACAAUGUUUAAACAGUCUCCAAUCUUGCGGCUUUUAACAAUAAUUAAAUAUGUAAAGAGUAUUUAUGGUAAUCGCUAAGGAUAGACUUUUAUAAAUGGUGUAGUGGCCUCCAUUUGGCUUAGAUUGAAUUGUUCUUCGUGGCGUUCGAGAUAAAAAGUUUCACCGUUAGUUAGACGAAAAUCAAUCAUUGCGGUUCUUUUCGUUAUCGACGUAUCGAAAAAAAGCCGAUUAGGUGUUUAAUGCCUCUGUCGAGAAUGUGUACGGAUGGCUGGAAGAACGGAAUAGGAACAGGACACAGGGAAAGGGAGCGGACGGAAAUUGCACGGGGGAACAGAGGUCCUUACGUCCUCCCGCGCGGGACGCCGAGGCAAAGUUUCUCGCUCUCUUAAUAUCUGAGAAUCACUAUUCAGUCUUACAGAAAUUGCUAUUGGCAGAACCAUUAGAGGCUGGAAUUAGUUUCGCGAUCUCGGAUACCUGGCGGCCGCGGGGGAACGCGGCGCGUAACGGCCGUUACAGCUCACUUAUCUUACUUCCAUACCUCGCAUUAAUACUUUCCGCCAACUCCAUUUGCCCUCCCCCCCCCUUAUUUCAGGAAGCCGCUUUUUAAAAUCGCCACCUUCGAACUCGUAUCGAUACGCGAUUUCCACCAACACCCGAUACUGCGAUUUUUUUCGAACGCUUCGUUUAAACGCUGAACAUACGAGCACGAGAUAUUAGAGAUUGUUCAAAUAUCCAUUAAGUAUCAAAUAAAUUUAUUUAUUGUGUU